AUGUUACUAUUCGAGGUGCUCCUGAGCCAUCUGUGGCUGGCCGGUGCUGGUCUCAUAGGUGCCAUUCUCGCCAGAUUAGCAUACAACAAGUACGGCCAUGGCAUUUCCCAACUUCCCGGCCCAUUCAUGGCCUCAAUCACCGACUUCUGGAGAUUGUUUGUCGUAUGGGGGCGUCGGCCAGACAUCACACACGCAGCCCUUCACCGUCGAUACGGUCAUUUCGUGCGCCUUGGGCCGAAUGCCGUGUCAGUGUCAGAUCCAAGCGCCGUGCGUGAAAUCUAUGGACUGGCAAGCGGUUUCAAGAAGUCCGAGUUUUACACUGUCCAGCAAACUCUCUCAAAGGGAAAGCCCUUAUUCACCCUCUUCACGUCCACUGAUGAGAAGUUCCAUGCCAAGCUCCGCAGAGCCGUCAGCAGCGCGUAUGCCAUGAGCACUCUUGUGCAGUUUGAGUCAUAUGUGGACUCAACAACGACGGCUUUUUUUCAGCAGAUUGAUGCGCGAUUCUUGAAUGCAGCCGAGCCUUGCGACUUGGGCAAAUGGCUUCAAUACUAUGCAUUUGAUGUCAUUGGUGAGCUCACCUAUUCUAAGAGGCUAGGGUUCCUGGACGGCGGCAAUGACGUUGGUGGAAUCAUAUCGAGCAUCGAAUGGAUGCUCGAUUACGCCAGUGUGAUUGGCCAAAUGCCGGCUCUGGACAAGUUGUUCCUGAAGAAUCCAUUCCGCUUGCUUCUCUCCAAGUUCGGCUUGAUUGGAUCGUCCACACCCAUGGUAGAAUUUGCACGGGAAAGAUUCUCGGAGCGGGUCAAUCUCGACACUGGCGAGGAAAAGGCCCUAGCUAACAUGGAAGGAUCAUCGACACGCCAGGACUUUCUCUCUAGGUUUCUGCGAGCGCAUGAGAAGGACCCGGAUUUCAUCUCCCAUCAACGUGUGCUGGCUCUGACCGUGGCGAACAUUUUUGCGGGCUCUGAUACGACCGCCAUCUCACUUCGAACUAUUUUCUAUUUCCUGUUGAAACAUCCACAAGAGCUCAAGAGGUUGUUGGGAGAACUAGAUGAGCAGAAGAGAAUAGGUGCGUUCAAGAGAACAGAUGGUCUAGUUGACUGGGAGGAGGUGAGAGACCUGCCGGUGUUGGGCGCGGUGAUCAAAGAAGCACUUCGAAUCCACCCUGCUGCGGGUUUGACCUUGGAGAGGAUCACUCCGCCAGAGGGGGUCCAAGUUUCUGGCAAGUUCAUCCCUGGUGGAACAAUCAUCGGCUGCAAUGCCUGGGUGCUUCACCGGGACGCUUCCGUGUUCGGGCAAGACGCAGAACAGUUCCGGCCGCUCCGGUGGAUCGAGGCAACUUCAGAGCAGCGGCGUCUCAUGGAGAGUUGCCUCUUCACAUUUGGGGCUGGUUCCAGGACAUGUAUUGGGAAAAAUAUCAGUUACCUGGAAAUGUAUAAACUUGUUCCCGCCCUUCUCAUGCGAUAUGAGCUGAGACUUCCUGAAGAGAACUGGGAGUGGACUUUGCACAAUGCCUGGUUUAUCAAACAGACAAAUUUUCAUGUCUAUUUCAAGGCCCGCCAAGUCAUCUAA